AAUUCAAGAAUAAUUUCAAAAAUGUACCAUUAACUUAGCUUGUUAGGGGAUCUAUACAUGAUAACUUGCCACUUUUUCUACAUCUAGGAGAAAGAAUAGCUUUUCGUGAAGGCAUAAUAUGUCCUUUAACUUGACUUUCAAGUGUGCAUGAUUAGAUUUUUAAAUUUAUAUAUAAUUAAGUAAGUAGACACAUGUCUUGUGAUAUCUUAGUGACUAAUUCAUGUCCUGCAUGAAUUAUGCGUGUUCAUAGAUGCUACUUGAGAUCAAGUUAAAACGCAUGUUUAUUAGUCGGUGUGUUUCAUGAAUCCUCUCAACUUUUGUUAUAUCGAAUAUUUGGAGGACCAAGUUGCAAAUAUUAAGUAAUUACAAGGACCAACGUGGCUCUCAAGUCACUAGCUAAUUUCCUAAAAGAAAAAAGGGGAAACCCUAGCCGAUAACAGUCCUUAUACUAGCCAACAUCUUCAUCACCCUUUUGCUAAAUCAAAGUUUAUAUACGGACAGUUGCAAUGGCAGGUGGAAGAUUCAGAGAGCUAUUCAAGAAAUACGGCAAAGUAGCACUGGGUGUUCACUUCUCUGUUUCUGCUGUUUCUAUUGGUGGCCUUUUCAUUGCUGUCAAAAACAAUGUCGACGUUGAAGCCAUGCUCGAAAAAGUCGGCAUGCCUGGACUAUCCAAACAAGGAGAAGAAAAUGAAAUUAAGAAUCAACCCCAGCAAAACCCACAGGUGAUUUCUGCUGAUGGGUUCGUUAUCGAUGAUGUGGCGGCCGCGCCGCCGCCAAAGCAGAGGAAUCGUACUGCUGAGCUGGCGGCGUCAAGUGGCGGCGCUUUUGCUGUGGCUAUACUGCUUAAUAAGGCUCUGUUUCCUGUUAGGGUUCCGAUAACUCUGGGUCUUACCCCGCCGAUUUAUAGGUUUCUUGCAAGGCGGAAAUUUAUCAACAGUGUAUGAUUGACUAAUAGAUAUUUCUUUUUGUAAUGUUACGAAUUUUUGUUUUCGGAAUAAUGUUAAUCUCCCUGCUUUACUGUCACGAGAAUUAGUAAAAGGGGUGAUCAAUCAACAAAUUAGAGGGUAUCUGGGAGGAUUACUAGUCUUAAAAAUUUGAUCUUUGGUUUGCUGGAGGUGUAUUUUGAUGAUAUCAGAGGAGAAAUAGUUAUAGACAUAUGCAGUUGAGAAA